AUGGCUGUUAACGGAACAAUUCCAGCAUUGUUUUCAUUUGGAGACUCAAUCCUUGAUACAGGAAAUAAUAACAACCUUCAGACAUUAACCAAGUGCAAUUUUCCUCCAUAUGGAAUUGAUUUCCAAGGAGGAAUACCUACAGGAAGAUGCUGCAAUGGAAAAACUCCCACAGAUUUGAUAGCGACGGCUUUGGGUAUAAAAGAAACAGUGGCAGCAUAUCUUAGUGGGAACUUGAGCCCUCAAGACCUCGUCACCGGGGUAUGCUUUGCUUCUGCUGGUUCAGGAAUUGAUGAUCUCACUGCUCAAAUACAGGGAGUUCUUUCACUGCCAACACAACUGGGAAUGUUUCGAGAAUACAUAGGAAAGCUGACAGCACUUGUUGGACAACAACGAGCCGCUAACAUCAUAUCCAACAGUGUGUAUCUUGUUUCUGCCGGCAACAAUGACAUUGCCAUUACCUAUUCUCAGAUAUUAGCCACAACACAGCCUUUCCCCUUAUAUGCCACACGUUUAAUUGACACCACUUCAAAUUUCCUCAAGAGUCUAUAUGAACUUGGAGCAAGACGAGUGUGGGUACUAAGUACAUUGCCACUUGGAUGCUUGCCUGGAGGUAGAACUGUGGCAGGGGGACCAUUAAGGAUUUGUGCACCCUUUGCGAAUCUAUUUGCGCAGACAUUCAAUGGCCAAUUAUCAUCAGCAGUUAAUUCUAUCAGAACCACCCUUCCCAAUUAUGACAUUAGGUUCAUCGAUGUCUAUACUCCUCUCUUUAAUCUCAUAAAUAAUCCUCAGCCAGAAGAUAUGUUAGUUUGCUUCAUAAUAAUUUCAGGGUUUGUAGAUGUCUCAGAAGGGUGUUGUGGGACUGCGCCAUUUGGAGUUUCAGGAAUAUGUAGCCUUUUCAGCUUGUGCCCAAAUCCUUCCUCAUACGUUUUCUGGGAUUCUGCCCAUCCAACUGAGAGAGCUUAUAAGUUUGUUGUGUCUACUAUACUACAAUCACACACUAAUAAUGUUUCGAGCUCUUUUGCUUUUGCUCCAUUUAAUUCUUCACUCUCAAAUUAAUGUAUAUGACUUAGAAAUGGAGAGAGAAGCAUAUAGAUAUAUAGUAGUAUUACCCUUAAACUUAAGGACCGGAAUUAGUUACUAGUUUUUUCUUAACAAGUCAAAUUAUUAUUAAAGAAGACACUAGCACAAGAUGUGCCAAGGCAGUUGCAAAAGGCAUGAGUUGUGCAUAAUUACAUGAGAAAUUUAUUAAUUAUCAUUGUAAGAUUUUAUUUUUUUUAUUAAUAAUUUUCUCUUAUGAACUUCCUCUAAUUUA